AUGCGCCGACUUGAAGUUUUCUUCCUUCCCUGAGCGCAGAGUCUGGAGCAGAGAGAAGAGACAAGAGGAGAGAGACAAGAGCCCCGAGUCCUCAGCAACUGCCCCAGGAUUUAACCCCCAAUUGCACCGACUCAGCGCCUGGACCUCUUUGCGCUCACAUUGCGCCCACUUGUCUCCACUUGGAUUGAGAUUAAGGAGAAUCACUUGUGCAGGAAUCAAUCGCUGUAUCCGGGGCUCCCCUUGGACUCGGCUGCUGUUGCCUCACUUUGCGCCACUUUGCGCCUCUGGUUGUUACAUCGUUUUGUCUGGAGCCAAAUGCUCAGGGAACUGGGAAUGUGUCUCAGUCUAUACUAAGCCCAAGAGCUGGCACUCUGCUCCCAGGAGGGAAUAUUGGGGUUCAACUUCACUAUCAGCCCCCCACCCUCAAGCUCUGCCCCAGGAUCAGCUUUUGGGGAAGGAACCUGCGCCCCAACUUUGCAAUUCCCCCAAUAAACUCUUCCUACCCCUGGAUUUACUUCCCUGGAGCCCCCAGCUCUUUUCUGGAUUAACCUUGACCCCCUUAUUAUUUGGAUUAUAAAUUAAAUCUGACCUGUGGGACAAUGAUCAAGGAUCUGAGGACGUUGCAGUUGAGAGGAGAAGGCUGUGGGCUCAUGGGCAGUGCGAUGGUCUCUCAGCACUUUGUGGCUCUGCUCAUCUCCCUCUAUUGUCUGACCCAGUCUGUGGUGGAGAGCAGCUCCUGGUGGUCGUUAGCCAUGAACCCGGUGCAGAUGCCUGAGGUCUAUAUCAUCGGGGCUCAGCCGCUGUGCAGCCAACUGUCUGGGCUAUCGCAGGGUCAGAAGAAGCUCUGCCAACUGUACCAGGACCACAUGCAGUUUAUUGGAGACGGAGCCAAGACCGGGAUCAAGGAGUGUCAGUACCAAUUCAGGCACCGGAGGUGGAACUGCAGCACCGUGGAUAACACCUCUGUGUUUGGGAGAGUCAUGCAGAUAGGUAGCAGGGAGACCGCCUUUACUUACGCCAUCAGCGCUGCAGGAGUAGUGAACGCAGUGAGUCGCGCCUGCCGAGAGGGGGAGCUCUCUACUUGUGGCUGCAGCAGAGCCGCCCGACCCAAGGACCUGCCCCGGGACUGGCUAUGGGGCGGCUGUGGGGACAACCUGGAUUAUGGCUACAGGUUUGCCAAGGAGUUUGUCGAUGCCCGGGAAAGGGAGAAGAUUUACCAGAAAGGAUCAUAUGAGAGUUCAAGGAUUAUGAUGAAUCUCCACAAUAAUGAGGCCGGAAGGAGGGCUGUAAGUACCUUGGCUGAUGUCGCCUGCAAGUGCCAUGGAGUCUCCGGUUCCUGUAGCCUUAAAACCUGUUGGCUCCAGCUGGCGGACUUCCGCAAGGUAGGGGAUCUCUUAAAGGAGAAAUACGACAGUGCGGCGGCCAUGAAGCUGAACACCAGAGGGAAAUUAGUGCAAGUCAACAACAAGUUUAACUCGCCCACCAUGAACGAUCUGGUUUACAUCGACCCCAGCCCGGAUUACUGUGUGCACAAUGAAAGUACCGGAUCCUUGGGGACCCAGGGCAGGCUAUGCAAUAAAACGUCCGAGGGGAUGGACGGAUGUGAGCUCAUGUGCUGUGGAAGGGGCUACGACCAGUUCAAAACGGUACAGACUGAGAGGUGUCACUGCAAAUUCCACUGGUGCUGCUACGUCAAAUGCAAAAAAUGCACCGAAGUCGUCGACCAGUUUGCAUGCAAGUAGAACUCCAAGCACAGACCUUAGGACCUUUAUCAAAUAUCAGCUUUUUUUUUUAUUUAUAGACGUCACACGGGAGUUGCAGAAAGAAAGGCUUCUGGGUCCACUUCUCCUCGGUAUCAAACAACCAGCCUGGAAUACAAAGAAACAAAAGGGAAAAAAAAAUAAAAUUAAACUGAGGAUAUUUAUUUACAGAGAUAAAGACUUUAAUGCUGUAUCAUUGGAGAGACUUGGGCAAAUUGCAUGGGAUCGAGGCCAUAGUGUGUAAAGACAAAACUGGAGACUGGAGUUAUCCACGAGGUCAUCUGGACUUUUGGUGUUCUCUUCGCAGUGAUCUAAAAAGCAUGUUGGUUCCAUUCUGUCUAUAAAUCAUGACACAGAGCUUUCUUUUUUCUGGUUAUAUAGUGACAUCAUCCUAAAAGCUUAUACCCUGUGAAAAAAGAUACCCCCCCCCAUUACAACAUUCUAAUGGUAAGGAAUAUAGUGCGUAUAAUGUCUUAGAGGUCCUCUAGAAAACAUCUCUGAUGAUUGAGAAAGAACGUGUCUCUGGCGAAAGGCAUUUAUGGUAAUCGGAGCUUAUUUAGUCAUGUCGGACCAUUCUCGGUUCCUCCCUGACGUUUAAAGCAGUAUCUCAGUCUGUGUUCCCAUGGGAUUUAUGAAAGAUAAAACGUAGCUCCCCGCUUGACAUAAAAAGUCAUUAUUUUGCAUAUUAACACUUGAGGAGGCUCAUAGACCAUUAAUGCAAGUUGGGGGGCCCUCUGAUACCAAGGAUUUUAGAUUAAAAUUCUGUAAUUUAUUUUUAAGACACUUAAAGACUAUCAAUACAAGUUGGGGGCUCCCCUGAUCCCAAGACUUAUCGAUUAAGUUUCUAUCAUUCAUUUUCCAGGUGCUUCUGGACCAUCAGUACAAACUAGGGGCUCCCCUAAUCCUAAUAAUGUUCAGAUUGAAAUUCAUGUUUGGGUUGGCUCAUAGACCAUCAGUACAAGUUGGGGCUCCUUGAUCCCAAGAGUUAUCGAUUAAGAUACUAACAUUCUUUUUUCGGGGUGCUUCUGGUCCAUCAAUACAAACUAGGGGCUCCCCUGAUCCUAAUAAUGUUCAGAUUGAAAUUCAUGUUUGGGUUGGCUCAUAGACCAUCAGUACAAGUUGGGGGCUCCCCUGAUCCUGAGGAUUAUAGACUGAUUAUUAUUGUCAUUUAUAUUUGGAGGUGGCCUAUAGACCAUCAGUACAAUUCUGGGUUUCCACUGAUUACAAGAAUUAUCUAUUGAGAUUCUGUAAUUAAUUUUUGUGGAGCCCCUGAACCAUCAAUACAAACUGGGGACUUCCAAUCCUAAUGAUUUUCAAAUUGAAAUUCUGUAAGAUAUGUUUGGGGUUCAAUACAAAUUGGGGGGUUCCCCUGAUCCAGAGGAUUGUAGAGGGGGAGCUCCUGGACCAUCAAUACAAAUUGGGGGUUCCCCUGAUCCAGAGGAUUGUAGAUUGAUAUUUUGUAAUUAAUAUUUAGGGUGGUUUAUAGACCAUCAGUUCAAGUUAGGGGUUCCCCUGAUCCCUGGAAUUACCUAUUGAGAUUCCUCUCUGAGGCUUCCUCUGAUUACAAGAAUUAUCAACUGAGAGUCUUUAAUAAAUUUUUGGGGAGCCCCUGGACUAUCAAUACAAACUGGGGGCACCCCUAAUCCUAAUGAUUUUCAGAUUGAAAAAACAUAUGUAAUUAAUGUUUGUGGGUGGUUCAUAGACCAUCAGUACAAAUUGGGGGCCCCCCUGAUCCCAAGAAUUACAGAUUGAGGUUCUAUAAUUCAUUUUUGAGGAGCCCCUGGAUUAUCAAAACAAACUGGGGGCUCCCUUAAUCCUAAUGAUUUUCAGAUUGAAAUUCUCUAAUUAAAGUUUGGGGGUGGUUCAUAGACCAUCAAUACAAGUUGGGGGCUCCCCUGAACCCAAGGAUAAUAUAUUAUAUUAUUAUAAUAUAUAUAUAUUAUAAAUUCUGUAAUUAAUUUUGGGGAGCCCAUGGAUCAUCAUUAAUACAAAGUGGGGCUCCCAAGGAUUACAGAUUGAAAUUCUAUCAUUUCUUUAUGAGUAAAAUACAUUUUGCUUCCCAAAAAUUCACAAAUUUGCAAAUUUUCAAGCAAAAUCAAAACAGGACAUUUAUCUAAUACACAUUUAUUUGAAUAUUCUAAAGCCAUUUGAACAAUACAGAGUGCAAAAAAAAAAAAAUCACAUAUUCUGCACAUUAUUCGAAACGCCUAAAAUACGAAGAGGUUACAAUUUCUUGGAAAUCGUGGUCUGCUGUUUUCUAUUUCAAAGCUUUUUCUUUUUUAUUUGUGACAAUAUGUAUAUAAAUAUAUAUAUAAAUAUAUUCUUUAAUACUGCCAGUAAUUAAAAAUGUAUUUAUUUACACAUUUAAUUAGGGGAUUUUUCUUUUCACAUAUAGACAUUUUUAGGAUUUUUAUUUUAAAAAAUCCUUCGACAUUUUAUGGAAACUUUUUUUUUUUUUUAGGAUUUCUUAUCAUUUGGUGUCAGGUUUUCUUGGGGUUAUUAUAAAUAAUUUAAAGCACAUAGUCAUGGUUCAUUGGGCAGUAGAAUGGAUCAAGCUACUCAGUGGGUUUCACACUAUAAUGCACUUGAAACAAUUCUUUUCAUCCCUGUUUCCAUUCAAAAAAGGGCAUUAUUUAAAAAAACAAAAACAAAAACAAAAAAAGUCCAAACUGAAUUCCCCAAAAAUGACCCUUAAUAAAAGGAAAAAUAUUGAAUAUCUCAACUUUAUGAAGAAUAUUCAUGACACAGCCGCACGUGCCUUCAUGCCACAGCAAAUAUUUAUAUUUUUAUUAGGAUUUUUUUUUUUUUUUUUUUUUUUAUAAAAAGAGAUUUAAUUUUUACCGAUCCAGACUAUACAUUGGAAUUAUUUAAUGUAAAAUAUUUUACUUGUCAUCAAGAAAUGUAAAUCUAUGUUCUUCUCUUUGUAUCUUGUACAUGUAAUGUACAUAUUGUGUCGCCCUAUUUGAUUUGUAUAUUUUUACUGGCUUUAAAAAAAUGCCACCGAGAGGUACAUGGCUCCCGCCAUCCUUGAAAGAUAGACUAUGAAAUAAUAAUAAAAAAAAAAUAUUAAAUUGGAAAA